AUUUGAGCAUCAGGAAGUAUCUCCAACCACAAGAAAGACAUAUGUACUGUAGGCAUUUUGCUGAGGAAUAGACUUAGUCACAAAAAAUACUACGCAUACUCGCGAGGGCAGAUCUUAGCCAUUUUCGAGUUCCAAGAAUACGCGAAGCGCUUCAUUUUCGAAACAAAGCGAGGGUUUUUGAAUCUCCAGAGGGGCGCCGACCUUUCUCAGAAAUUACAUUGCGGAGCCUCCAGAACUUAUACUCUCAAAAGCGCUGUCCGGUACCCAGAAACACUUGAUUUUGAAGGCUUUGAGAAAGGUUGGCUGAAACACAUAUAGUCGCUCCCCUUAGCAAACCUAGACCUUACAGCAAAGCUGGGUGGACGUCUGUGGAACUAUUCUCAAUCAAACACACCAAUUAUCAGGUAAAACAGGGACGCCCUGGUGUGGCUUUACAAAACGACGCUCAUCUAUUGUCAGCAACGAACUGCAGUACUUUUAGAAAACGACUCUGGCUUGCAAGAAGGCACACUAGAACGAGCUGCGCAGAACUUUCAUCGGACUUGCAUCGGUCUCGCAAUCAGGACCUGAGGUACUAAAACCAAACGCUUGACUUUCAUUGCAUUGAGAAGGGGUUCAAACAAGAGGCCCUCCGUAGCAAAGCUUGGCCCUAGGUAGAAGUCACGCAUCUUCGUGGAACGAGUUUCAAUCAAGCACGUCACUCACGCAGGUACUAGAAUUUUCCGCCAGAGCAUCAAACACAGCACCCAGGUAAAGCAAGCGUGAACGUUUCAUGAUCACCGCCAACAUGAUGGGGCCACUUGCUGUUUUGCUGCUCUCCUUCUCCUUGGUUUUUGCCACGGAGGUCAAGGAGCGUGGGAAUUUUCGUGGAAGUAGUUUUCUUGAUGAAGAAGAAGGACAACAGCAGCGCACUCUCAAAUGCAGCGAGCACCCAAGUACCGUGGAAACCUGCUAUCCGAACUGGCCAGGGGACGUGUGUGGUUAAGAAUCGCUAAUCAAGCAGCUCCCUGAAGGUCCUAAAUUACAAGAGAGAGUGCGAAAGGCCUCAGACCAUUGGCCCAAGUGGGUCCGAAGGAGAUCGGAGACCAGUCGACCCUCGUUGGGUCCUUGUCCUGAUCCGAAUAGCCAGCGCGAUCUUUUUCGGGAAUUUCGUGGGGGUCAUGCAAAUUCGGCCAAAUUUGUGCGACCUCCCUGAGGAAUUUGGAAAAGUUUGGCGGCUUUCGUAGCUCCGCACGGCGUCCAUCUUUAAGACUGCCCACCCUCUCCUCUCUUCUUUUUCACUUCUUAGCCAUUUGGAAGAUAGUGAGGAAGCAAAGCCAGGCGUGUGCGUUUUGCUCGUUGUCAUUCCGAGCCAUUUUGGCUCACGGUGCGAAAUUAUGUCAGCAGGAUUUGAAAGCGCCUCAGGGCUAUCUCGGACUUGGCGACGAGAUCUGAAGAGCGACAACAUAACUUGAGUUACCUCAAAAGAACCCCAGCCAUUCUCCGUUAUUGAAACUGUGGCCGCCUUCGUAGUAUUGUAGUAAAAUAUCCGACCCGGGCGGCUGCAGUAGUGUUCUUUCAUUUUGGUGGAGGGCCCGGGCACUUAUCUCCCCCAGCUUCAUAUCCCCGAACCCGCAGAACUAGCACUAGGAACGGGAUGGAGCUCGAAGGAAAUGGUGCCGCCGAACCAAGAAAACCGGGGCGAAGGACUUCCCCACGACGCUCAAGGAGGAGCGGCAGAGCGUCUCGGGGCGCAACGCUCUGGAGGGGAACCGCUCCGCACUUCGUCCGCAACGUCUUCCGGGCGUGUGUUUGAUGUCGCAGCCGCAGGGUGCAGAUUAUGUCGCGGCGGGGCUCGCUUCGGGCGAUCAGUCUCAAGAGCUACCCACGGCGCUGGAGAACGAGCCAGCGGGGCCAAGUGUCGCAAGCAAGAGCGACGCGGAAGCGCUUGGGGUAGAUUUUGGGAAACUUGUCGCAGCUGCAGGAGAAGCAGCCGGCCACGCUGUUAAAGCGGUCGGGGCUUUCUUUCAGGGCUUCCACGCCACGCCGAUCAAGGAAGAGCUGCAAGAGUAGCCGACGCUCUAGCAAGCUGCCGCAGCUUACCCGUGUCAAGCGCCGGACGUGGAGAAGGGGCAGGGGGAGCACUCCAGCGAGCGCUACAGCCGCGAAAAGUGCCCGCUCUUCACCCCGCCGGGAAAGGGCCCCCUUCUGGGGCCGGAGGAUGAGGGCCGAAAUUUGUCCGAUUCAGCUGCCUGCUGUCUUGGUGGGCAUCGUGGCCAGCACCAAGAAGGACAGCCUCAAGACCUGCAGCCGCAACGCAACGAGGCACGCCUAGAGCGCCAUAGGAUAGGCGCUCUAGGCUUCGUCUUAUCUUUGGAACCGGGUCGCAGCUUGUCUUCGAUGCCUACUGGAGACGCGGGAAGGCAGAGGCUCUGCUGUGGCAUGGGCAAGCGAGCACAGCAGAAGCGACGCCCUUGGAGCAGGAACUGAAGGCGCCGAGCCCGUUCGGCUAUUAGGAUGCUGGAGAGCAUUCGUUGCCCCGCGGGUGGUCCUCAUCAUCUUCCAGCAGUAUCAGGCAUGUCAGCGAAACCCCCCAAAGAGCCGCAGAGUGCGAAAAGUUACGCUACCGCCUGCCGGGGAUGCUGGACGGGGCAGAGGUAUGGUUAGCAGUUCAAGAAGCAAGGGCGGAGUAGGGUCAGCCGCGUACACACCUGGGAGAGCACUCCAACAAGAUGCAGCAGAGAGAAAAACGAGACAGCGAAUUGCAACGCGGAAAAAGCUCCAGCAUUAUGAAGGAGCUGCUGCCGACUGCCUUGCGGUUGCUUCUGAGAGCGUUCGCUCCGAGGACUCGGGGCGCCGGAGUUCAUUCAUUCUUGCCUGACAGCAUCCGCACCACAGACAGCAGCGGGAAAACAGGUGGAAUUGUUUGGCAGGGCUUAGACUAUGCGGAUUACUCGGGCUUGGCUCGGGAACACAUCAAGGAGAUGAAGGCCUGAGGGGCGGCCUCGCGUGUGUAUGGCGUUGGAAGUAUCCGCGUGGGGUUGCGUGCUAGUUCGCUUAUCGCAGACCGGCAUCGAGGAGACCUGCGUGACCUGUCUGCGGCAGCUGAUGGAGAUGGGCCGCAGGCAUGAGGGUGGGGCGGUAACUGGCGCUCGCUUGUGCAGCUGCUGGCUGGAGCAAUGAAAGGCGCAGGGGGUGACGGUAGUGGGGGUCUCGCAAAGCCUCAGCUUGUCGCCGCAGCUUAAUUCCAAAGCAGCCAGGCGGCUUGGUGCUGUGUUGGAGCUUGUUGAAAACUGUCAGCCGUUGAAGCAGUACCAGGCUGGCAAAAUCAAUGUUGUGGCAUGCUUGGAAUGGGGUGCCGCUUGGUGACGUUGUCAACGGAAUCAGGGGCGAAGCGCCUGGCCCGCACUCUAGCAAACUUCGGCGCGGCGUGAGAUUCUGAGGGGCUCUACCGUGCUGCGCUCAGUGACUUCGUUGACCGUCUUCGGCUCGAAUUCGGCAGCACAAACCAAGCGCGGCGCGACAUCCUUCCGCACUGCGUGGGCUUCUCUUUGUUUGAGCGUGGUGAAGUACAUGACAGCGGGAAAUGAGCAGGGGGCGGCCUUGGUUGCCUUCGUGGGUUCGUAUCGUGUGCGCUUCGAGUUGUUGACGCAUGGAGGAACGCAGAGAAACCAGGAGCGGGGGCACCUUCUUCACCUUGGCAGACGUCGCGGGGAGCGAUAUGGAGCGGAAGAACAUGGCGAACAGCUUGAAGCACUGCAGCGGCUUGCCGGUUUGGUUCGUCAUGGAGGUCGGCGAUUACAUCGGGGACCGCGGAGACACUCUGGGGGAGCAGCCUUUGCAAGCCAUUCCGUCUCGCAUUGCGAUCACUGGCCAAGCAGAAUAAGCGAAACAACAGCAAGGCCCCGCGGCCAUUCCGCCGGGGCCCCCGCUGCGAGCAGGAACAGGAACCCGAGCCGACGGGGUCAAGGCUGGAGCGAUGACCCCACAGGCAGCGCUGGAAGAGCAGGACAGGCACGCGGCCGCCGUUUUGCAGCUGACGAACCGACCACAAGGAACGAGACAAGCAGGAGCAGGCUGCGGCGGAAACCACAGACACGCCUGCGCCUGCCAUGUUAGUAAGCGCGUGGACGCCACUGACUGAGAGGCGCAACGGAACCCCGCCCGCGGUCGCUUUUUGCAGUCACUUCGUGCCAGAAGCACCACAAGACCACCGGAGGCCCCGCCGGUAUCUUUUGCCCGGGUAUUUUCGAUCGCCGCAGGGGAUUCGCGUGGGGGGGGGUGGCUUGCGUUGCAGCAUGGCUCGCGCCCCGGACGGUAAGAGCACAGUGAAGACCUUGCCGAGAUGCCGGCGCGCCGUUUCUUUCGGUGUGGUGAACAGUGAGCAGCACCAGGACCAGGGAGAACAGCAGCAGCAGCAGGCACAAGAGCAGAGAACCCAACUCAUUGAAGAGCAGCAGCAGAGCAACAAACGACACGGCGAAGCAGGCGCAGACGGGUGGCAGAAGCUUCGGGCAGGUGUGAAGGGAAGGCGGAAAGCUACUCGGGAAGCCCUUAAGGCGAUGGCCAGCCUGGAGGCGCCCGCGGCGGUUUUUCCACAUAUCGCCGAAGAGGGUUACAAAAAGCACGCAGGUGGAGCGGCGGCCGGUGGGCGUCAUGAGUGGCGCCCGGUAUUCUUCGGGCUUCGUGGGCCGCUUGUCUUCACGUUGAAAGCUUGCGCAGCGUAUGGGGAAUAGCGAGGGGCGAGCGUUCCCGAAAGUGGGCGCGCGCGCGCUGCGUUCUUUCAAGUGUUACGUCCUAGCGCUGAGGCUCGGGGAGGUUUACGAGACUCGCAACGCAGCCAGUUAGAAAGCGGAGAACGCGCCCAGGGCGAAGACGCGGGGCCCCGGCUGUUGGCUCUUUUAAGCAGCUGAAUUAGACGAAGAAGGCGCUGACUCCUUUGGGUGUAGUGCACUCUGAGGGAGCCAGCCCCGGCGGAAGCCUUUCCCGGUGGUUGUUUUUUGGUAGGAGCCGAAGAAGGGGGCCAGAAUUUGUUGGGGGUGGUCUUCUUCGAGCAACUUUGGAAGCGCAGCCCGAACGCAAGCCGCAAUCUACGCGAAGCUGGUAGAGGCGUAGGCUAGGGCAGUUUAGCCAGGAGCCGCAGCCCGCCAAGCUCCGCACGCUCGUCGGCUUGUGGGAGUCUUCACUGGAGUCGCUGAGGACAAGAAGGGGCGGCGGCCUUUGUGGAUUCCCUUUUCGGUGGUUCUGUGGCUGUGUGUUGGUGACGGGCUUGCGCUUUUUCGAUGAGGUGUUUGAAGUUAAGUAGGCAUGGGCCGAAGGCGCUGAACUUUAUGGGGCUCGGCAUCCUUAUCCCGCGAGGCAUGGGAAGUUUUGAAGGGUUUGGCGCCAUGACGGAGAAGGAGAGCGCGGGUGAGCCGCAAAAAGCGCAGAAGCAGCUAGGGCAGGAGGUGGAGCAAGCCGCAGAGGACAGCGGCAGCGAGGUGCCUGAAGUCGUUGCAGCAGACUCGGAGGAGGCGCCGGGCGGCGUCUGACUAACUUAAAGUCCAAGAAGGGGAAAAAGAUGCCGAGCCAGAAAGGCUUGCCACAAGCUUCGAAAAAGGUGAAGGCGGUGGAGGGAACUCCAAAGCAGCAUAGGACGCAGGGGGCGAGGGAGUGAGAAGCGAAACCGGCAGCGAAGAAAGCCGACGCGCAAGGAUAGAGCCGAACAAGAAUCGGCAGAAACCUAACAGACAGAGCAGAACCCGGAGGACGGCGCCCGGGGCGCCGCUCAAUGUGCAAAGGAUCUGGAUGCUUUCGGAAGGCGCAGCGCGCUGGCUCGUGCGCAUCGACUUCAUGAAGCCCGGACCCGGGGGGGCUUUUCCUUGGACAGCGUGGCAAGGGUGUGGGGCUCGUUGGCUUGAGCCCGAUGCUGAUUCUGCUUCGCAGGCAGCGGGGUUCUGAUUGUUUUAGAAGCUUCACAGGGUUCCGAGUUCAGCAGUCAGAAAACUCAGCAUCGGCCAGCCCGUAGCGCGCGAAGCUUGUGACUGGCCUUGGUCUCGACGGGGAGCCGCUACUCGCUGGCGCGGUGCUUGGUGUGCUCUGAAGAAGCUCUGCGGGCUUGGAGAUAAGUCGGCGCCGCUGUUGGUGUAGCAGGAGCACGGAGGCAGAAGGUGGGUUCUCUAUUUGAACAUGUGCGGCGCUGCUGGGGAGAAACGUGAGCCAUAGCAACCACAAAGAGGGCGAGCCGCGUGCGUUGGCGCGAAGUACAAGAAAGAGGCACCGCAGAACCCUGGCCCAGCGAGCUGACGAAGAAGAAGCAGCCCGGGAGGAGAUUGCCAGCAAAAAAGCAAAGUGGGGAGAAGGCGCUGACAGCGACAAGAUUCCGAGAGAACAGCGAAGAGCGAGGAGCCUGAGACGCACAAGAGGAAAAGCCGAAAAACGUCCCGGGCGGAGCUUCUUCGGGGUAGGAUCAUGGAAAAGACUGCGCGCAGCGCCGAGCAUCUACACGGCGUUGGCUCUGGGUUUCUGCUGCUAACGGGGGCGCGCGCAGCUCAUAAGACUGAGCUUAGGGGAGCUAGUUGCGGCAGCUUAACAGCCUGACCCUUUUGGAUCCGCUGCGGGUGAGUUUCUUGAGUGGUGACGCCACUCAGCCCCAGGACUGAGGGGAGACGCCUCAGACACACCGGGCACCUAGCGCGGCACCCCCAGGGUGUAUGGUUAUGGAUGGCCUUACUUAGCAGCUGAAGGAGAGCACAGAAACAGCACCAGAAAGAGAGGAGCGCCGCGAGCAACCUCCAGGAGGCAGCUGACCGCUGACCUCAGGGCGAGAGGGGUGCAACUACAACGCGCAUCGGAUAGAAGACGCAGACAGGCCACAGGCAGCAAGCCAAGGGCUUGGCUGUCGUUCGGUAUCAGGAUCAACAGGAGCCGCCGAGAGGCUAAGGAACAACCGGGCAACAAACUAGACUAGCGGGUGGAAGUCGUCGGGGAAAUCUUGGGCAGGUCGCUGAGUAGAUUCACGCCGUCAAGCUUCCUGAGCGAGGCGCACACCUUCGAAGACAAGGCCCGACCUCAUGACGCGAAGGGCGAGCCGCUGCUGCUGAUGGGCUCCCCAGGGUUCUUAGCUGACAGAGGCGGGCACGUGGUUCGCAUGAUCUUACAGCGCCGGAGGCUCUUGGGGUUUCCAGUUGGAACUUUGUCGGAAUUUUGUCUAGUUUUUAUCUUUCGACUUCUCAAAAAGUGAAAGCCUUCGGCGAUAGACGAGCAUCAGAAAAGUGGGGGGCUCCAAUCAGACUAAGGCUGGGCCUCGAUCGGCUGCAAGACUUUACCGGGGUGACAUGUAGAGAACGCGCGUGGAGAAUUUUCAUCGCAAACGACUACCAGAACGGUGGAGGCAUUUGGCUUAGCUUGAGCCCCUCAGACUCUGGAGCGUUUUGGCUUUGGCUGACUGUCAGAAAAGUGAGAAGCUUCCGCCGCUGGCUUCCCUCGUGUUGCCUUGGCUUGCCUUCCCUUAUUUUCUUUUGCCUUGCCUUGCCUUGGCUCCGGCCUCCAAGGCCAUCCAGCUGCGCGCCUUUGGAGGGCUUUUCAAGUCUUGGCGGCUUAGCUUUGAACGGUUCCCCGGGCUGUGGGGUGUCUGGCUGAUUUGCCCAGUGGGCUUUGUGUGUUUUCGUGAUUUGCUUCUUGUUAUUGAUUUACUCAGAGAGGAAAAAAAUUCGAGAGCGCUCUAGAUGCUUGAAAUACGACCACGCGGGAAAGGGGGCACUCGCUGAGGCCUGCGCCUUGUACAGGUUUGGGCUGAAAGGCUGAAAACCUUGGAAGGCUCUGGAGGUUGGAUCCUAAUGAACCAAGUGGGCCGGCAGAAUGUGCGCCAUCUGUGUCCGGCUCUUGCGCUCAGAGUGAGGCUCUCAGCCGGUUCAAGCUGAGAGGCAUAGCGCCAUCGACGAAGAGGCGCGCGAAGCGGCCAGAAGUUGAAAAGCUUGCCGUGCUGCAAUAGAUAAGACCACAGGGGCGGGCCAGGAUUUUCAUGAGCUGGGCGCGGCAUUAGUUUGGGGAUGCAAAAAGUGAACGAAUUCAAAAGACUGAGGAACGAGAGCAGGGCAAGCUGCGCCAGCUGUGUUCCGCACUUUUUAGCGGUGACACCUGAAGCGGAAAAAUCUCACCGACCGCUUCGCCGCGUUUUGUUGUCUGUGCGUAAAAAUGAGAAAAAUGACAACAGAAAACUUUAGAAAGCUCAGGGAGCUGGAGGGAGUCGACCACAGUGGCGGGGAACGCUUCAGAAAGCUCAAGCAACAGGGGGCGCCGACAUAGCGGCCCCUGGUAGGCUGGGCCCUGGGGGACGUGACUAAGAAGAGACAAACGGGAACAGGCUGGGGGACUUUGGUCCCCAAGUCGGGCCCGUCGGUCCAUUUGUGGCCGCCUUGUCGUCGUGUUCGGGGUGUUGAAUUUUUGGAGGGUUUCGGCGUGAGAUCGUAAUAGACCGCGUGGAGGCUUUAUUUUGGACCAUAGUCAAGGAAGAAAAGGAGCGAGGCCCUGGGGCUUUUUCUGAAGCUUGUCCGUCGUGGUAUCGGCGCUGUGGUGUGUCUCUUUCUCUUCGUUGGAGACUCUUAGGCCCCGCUGACUCCUCUGAGCUCGGUGGCCUUCGAAAAAGCUGGCGGCGCCUGAAGUCUUUGCGGUGUGGGUAAGUACUUAGAGCCUUGGGCCUGGAGUGUAGAGACCUCGCGGCAGCUGUCGCCCUUAUCUUUAACACAGUGCUGGCGUUGGUUUGCUCCUGUGGUUUCCGCCUUGUGUUUUCUUCUCUUCCUUUUUCUUCUCGAGUUCCGCUCUCUCUUCUUUUCGUGCGCUCGCUUUGCGCGUUGUUGUCCUCCGCGCAGGCAUGAAAGCCCACACGGCGCCACGCUGUCAAGCUCUGAAGCCGGUCCAGGAAUUCAGAUGGUGCGCUGUCCAUCGGGCGCCUUUGGUGUUUGGUGUUUUGUGGGUAGCUUACUUGUGUGGCUGUUCUCGCGCCAGUCUGUCUGCCUCCCUGUCUACCUGUGAGCGUGUGCGCGUGUCUCUCUGUGGGUGUGCGCGUCUGUGUGUGUGUGUGUGUGUGUGUGUGUGCGCGCGUCUGUGUGGGUGCGCGUCUGUGUGUGUCUGUGUGCGUCUUGUCUGUCUUGGUUUUCUGUCUUGUCUGUCUUGUCUGUGUGUCUGUCUUGUCUGUGUGUCUGUCUUGUCCGUGUGUCUGUCUUGUCUGUCUUGUCUGUGUGUCUGUCUUGCCUGUGUGUCUGUCUUGUCUGUGUGUCUGUCUUGUCUCUGUGUCUGUCUUGUCUCUGUGUCUGUCUUGUCUCUGUGUCUGUCUUGUCUCUGUGUCUGUCUUGUCUGUGUGUCUGUCUUGUCUGUGUGUCUGUCUUGUCUGUGUGUCUGUCUUGUCUGUGUGUCUGUCUUGUCUGUGUGUCUGUCUUGUCUGUGUGUCUGUCUUGUCUGUGUGUCUGUCUUGUCUGUGUGUCUGUCUUGUCUGUGUGUCUGUCUUGUCUGUGUGUCUGUCUUGUCUGUGUGUCUGUCUUGUCUGUGUGUCUGUCUUGUCUGUGUGUCUGUCUUGUCUGUGUGUCUGUCUUGUCUGUGUGUCUGUCUUGUCUGUGUGUCUGUCUUGUCUGUGUGUCUGUCUUGUCUGUGUGUCUGUCUUGUCUGUGUGUCUGUCUUGUCUGUGUGUCUGUCUUGUCUGUGUGUCUGUCUUGUCUGUGUGUCUGUCUUGUCUGUGUGUCUGUCUUGUCUGUGUGUCUGUCUUGUCUGUGUGUCUGUCUUGUCUGUGUGUCUGUCUUGUCUGUGUGUCUGUCUUGUCUGUGUGUCUGUCUUGUCUGUGUGUCUGUCUUGUCUGUGUGUCUGUCUUGUCUGUGUGUCUGUCUUGUCUGUGUGUCUGUCUUGUCUGUGUGUCUGUCUUGUCUGUGUGUCUGUCUUGUCUGUGUGUCUGUCUUGUCUGUGUGUCUGUCUUGUCUGUGUGUCUGUCUUGUCUGUGUGUCUGUCUUGUCUGUGUGUCUGUCUUGUCUGUGUGUCUGUCUUGUCUGUGUGUCUGUCUUGUCUGUGUGUCUGUCUUGUCUGUGUGUCUGUCUUGUCUGUGUGUCUGUCUUGUCUGUGUGUCUGUCUUGUCUGUGUGUCUGUCUUGUCUGUGUGUCUGUCUUGUCUGUGUGUCUGUCUUGUCUGUGUGUCUGUCUUGUCUGUGUGUCUGUCUUGUCUGUGUGUCUGUCUUGUCUGUGUGUCUGUCUUGUCUGUGUGUCUGUCUUGUCUGUGUGUCUGUCUUGUCUGUGUGUCUGUCUUGUCUGUGUGUCUGUCUUGUCUGUGUGUCUGUCUUGUCUGUGUGUCUGUCUUGUCUGUGUGUCUGUCUUGUCUGUGUGUCUGUCUUGUCUGUGUGUCUGUCUUGUCUGUGUGUCUGUCUUGUCUGUGUGUCUGUCUUGUCUGUGUGUCUGUCUUGUCUGUGUGUCUGUCUUGUCUGUGUGUCUGUCUUGUCUGUGUGUCUGUCUUGUCUGUGUGUCUGUCUUGUCUGUGUGUCUGUCUUGUCUGUGUGUCUGUCUUGUCUGUGUGUGUGUCUUGUCUGUGUGUCUGUCUUGUCUGUGUGUCUGUCUUGUCUGUGUGUCUGUGUGUCUGUCUUGUCCGUCUUGUCUGGUAGGCUGUUGCCCCCCGGUGGAUUUCUGCACCGGGGACGCCUUUGAUUUGGCCAGAAGGUUGGGGGGUGGUUCGUGUCGUAUCCCUUCUACCGGGCUGGGCUGGAGAGUUUUCCAGAAUUCGGCGCGGCAGGCUGACGGAGUUACUACUGCCAGCGGCUCCCCCCAGCCCCAAAGCUUUUCGACUUUGGGCGGGCGUUUUUUCUGAGAUUCAAUAUCUUGGCGUCGAAUUUCUCAAAUUUCGGCGCUUCCCUGUUCCUCAUUAUUUUGCUCUUUUGGGAUUAAAUUCGCUGGGUUUGGGUUUCUCAAGUCCCAAAAUUUUUGAUUCUCGGCUUUUUUCCUGAGAUUCAGAUCUCUAGUGGGGUUUGAAUCUAUCAAAUUUCGAAGCUUUCCUUAUCGUUUUGCGCUUUUUGGAUUAAAUCCGCUGGGCUUGGAUUUCUCAAACCCCAAGGCUUUUGACUUUAGGCAUUUUUUCCUCAAGUCAAUUCUUUGGGUUUGGAUUCCAUUUCUCAAAUUUCGACGCUUUCUGUAGUAUUUUGCCGCUUUGGGAUUGAAUUCGCUGGGUGUGAAUGUCUCAAACUUCGGAGCUUUCUGCGUUAUUUUGUCGCUUUGCUUUGGGAUUGAAUUUAUUCGCUGGACUUGAAUAUCUCAAAUCCCAAACUUUUUGACUCUGAGCCGUUUCGCUGAAAUUCAAACUCUUGGGUCGUGGGCUCUUCUUAAGUUCUUAAGUACAGAAUUAAAGAAGCUCCUAAGUUGUACAGAAGUGCAGAAGUUCCUAAGUGGUACAGAAGUGCAGAAGUUCCUAAGUUCUUAGCAGAGUUCCUCAGCCCCUUCCUAAGUUCGUAAGUUUACGAGUUCAAAUGUGGAAGGGUGAGGGUUUGGGGCUUGGAAGUGGGGGAGUGAGAGUUUGGGGGGGUCGUUGUUGAUUUUUAAUUUAGCUCUUCAGUGCUGUGGGCUCCCCAAGUCAUUAUCGUGAGGUACGCACCGGCUAGGAGGCGGAGGGAGACCACCAUCACGCGGGGGAGCGGUGGCGCAAGCGCCACCGGGCUCCCCGGUUGUCGGGCACCAAACAGCGACACACAAGGAAAAAGAGAAGAGCGGUCGAGAGUGUCUGACAGUGUUCGGCCUGUGCGCGAGUGUAAGAACCAGGAAGAGCAAGAGAGAGAAGGCAAGCGGUUGAGAAGGUAGCAGGGUCUUCGGUAAAUCGACGAAAAGAACAAGACGAGGAACGAGCGCACAGGCAAUCUGUGGAGUGUAUAGGAGGGCUUUCUGUAGGCUGAGGCCGCCCAGUAGGUUAGUAAGGACCGUGAUGGAGUUCUGGUAGCGCCGGCACAGAGAGCCGAGAACGAGAAGAGGAGAGAAAGGCGAGAAAGGUGAGACAAACAAGAGCAAGCAGGAGCAAGAGAAAGACAGAGAAAGAGAAAGAGGGGCGGCUUGUUGAGAUGUCAGCGCUGACUCUGGUGAGACGGUGGAAGAGUGUGAGAACGAGGAAGAAGACGAGGAGGAGAAAGGAAAGACGAAGGCGCCGCAGGUUUCGCAAACUUGUGAAGCGUCUGGCCUUUCUGGUUACUCGUCUCUUGGGUACUUCGUUCAAAACGGCCCGCAGGACUACCCAAACGCCCCGCGGGUUUACCGUCACCCACGCGGGUGCCCCCAGUGUCUCACAUGCCUCGGCGGUUCCGUGCUGGUUCGUUUCGGGGGGUUUAUGUUGCUCCGAAUUUGGCCCGGAGCACUGUCCAAACGGCUGACGGGUUUACUGUUGUGCGGGUGUCUCUGGUUUCUUAUUUUUCGCGGCUGUUUGUCUGUAUAUGGAACCGCUUCGGGCUCUCUUUCGGAGAUGAAUGCCCGCGGAUUGCUUCUACUUUGUGAGACAGAGCAGAGCUAGCCCUAGUGCUCUGGGUCCCUGUCAGUCUCGAACUGGGUAGACCUUGGGAAGGAUUCGAGAGGGAACGGGGGGCACUGGGUAGCAAGGACCCCAAAGGGAAGGGAGCACCAUAAGAGUAGUGAAUGGACAGAACGAGAAGCCAGGUCAGUCGUUCUGUGAAGUAGACGGGGAACCUAGGCCAGGUUGUUCAAUAAGAGAGAACUUUUAAGAGGCUUGGGUGAGUGUGCCGCUCGAAGGAGGAGAUAGACAUGGCUGGACCUUGAAACUGGUGGGGGGAACCCUUCUGAGGAGUAAAGGGGAGCUGCCUAGGCCAGGUGGAUAAGGUCGAAAGACUUUAGGAAAACCUUUAGAGGGUUUAGAGGUGUUGAAGGAUUUGAGUCGCUAGCAUAUGCGAGGAUACUGGGCGCACUUCCUGGGAGCGGGAAGAUGGCCAGGGACUCGCUUGAUACUUGGGUGCCUUCGCUGUGGGAGCGAUAGGAGUAUGAGGAUCACUGGGUGGAGCUUUUAGCAGGAUGGCUCCGGCGCCUCACUGCGUAGGGGGGGCAUUGUAGGACCUGGCCUGGGUGUAACAGGGCGGCCCUUCGUGAAUGAAGUGCGCCAGCAAUUGCAAGGAGUGGCCGCUGAAUAACUAAAGACCUGGGCAGCUGCUGCUUGGGUCUUCCUGGUAGUGCGGCUGCUAUUGAUAGGAUAGAUGACUUGGAAAGUCAACAAUAAAGGUUCCGCCCACACGGCGGCGCUCGCUGUGGCCAGCCGUGAGAUGGUUGCCACAGCUACCAAGCUGUGGGGUGGGCUUCCUAGCGAGGUUGACUUAGGGCCAUUCUUGGGCCCCGAAAAUGAAUUGUCAUGAGCGUGCUCACGUGUGAAAUCUAGGAGCACGCACAUACCUGACUAGCGCGCGCGUUGCUUUGUCGUUGUCUUUUUUGUAUGUCGUUCAGAACUUCACCUGGAGCACUAUCCAAACGCCUGACGGGUUUACCGUCGCGCGGGUGUGUCUGGUUCCUCACAUUUCUGAGCAUGAUGAUGAUACAAGUGGCCGGCCCAGAUCAAAGAGCCACAAAGAAAGCCCGCCAGUAGGACUGAGGUCAAAAAAAUGGCGCACGUUGUUCAGAACUUGGCCUGGAGCAUUAUGUUAUCCAAACGCCUGAGGACGGGUUUACUGUCGCGCGGGUGUCUGUGUCUGGUUUCUCACAUUUCUGAGCAUGAUGGUGGUGCAAAUCACCAAAAUGAUCCCGAUCCAGAUCGAAGCAAGCGCCACAGAGGGCCACAGGGAAAACCUGCCCAAGGGACUGAGAUCAAAAAAGUUGUGCGCGCUGUUCAGAACUUGGCCCGGAGCACUAUCCAAACGCCUGACGGUUUUACCGUCGCGCGGGUGUGUCCGUCUGGUUUCUCACAUUUCUGAGCAUGGUGCCGAUGCAAAUGACCAAGCUGAUCCCGAUCCAGAUGGGGGCGCCACAGAGAGCCACAAAGGAAACCCGCCCGACGGGCUGAGGCCAAAAAAGUGGCGCACGCUUUUCAGAACUUGGCCUGUAGCAUUAUCCAAACGCCAGACGGGUUGGCCGUCGCGCGGGUGUGUCUGGUUUCUCACAUUUCUGCGCAUGGUGAUGAUCUGAGGCAAAUCACCAAAAUGAUCCCGAUCCAGAUCGAAGCACCGCAGAGAUCCACAAGGAAAACCUGCCCAAAGGACUGAGAGACCAAAAAAGUGGCGCGCGUUGUUCAGAGCUUGACCCGGGGCACUAUCCAAACGCCUGACGGGUUUGCUGUCGCGCGGGUGUGUCUGGUUUCUCAAGUUUCUGAGCAUGGUGAUGAUACAGAUGACCAAACUGAUCCCGACCCAGAUCGAAGCAAGCACCACAAAGAGCCACAAAGAAAGCCUGCCUGGGGGACUGAGAUCAAAGGAAUGGCGUGCGCUGUUCAGAACUUGGCCCGGAGCACUAUCCUAAUGCCCGGCGGGUUUACCGUCGCACGGGUGUGCCUGGUUUCUCACAUUUCUGAGCAUGGUGGUGAUGCAAAUGACCAAACUGGUCCCGAUUCACAUCGCAGGGCCGCAGAGGUCCACAAAGGGAGCCCCCCGCAAAGGACUGAGACCAAAAAGAGUGGCGUUGUGUUGUUCAGAACUUGACUCGGAGCACUAUCCAAACGCCCGCGGGUUUGCUGUCGCGCGGGUGUGUCUGGUUUCUCACAUAUCUGAGGACGAUGGUGAUGCAGGGGGCCAAGCUGAUCCCCGUCCAGGUCGAAGCGCCACAGAGACCCACAAAGAAAGCCCGCCCAAAGGACUGAGGCCAAAAAGCUGGCGCGCGUUGUUCAGAACCUGGCCCGGAGCAUUAUCCGCACGCCCGACGGGCUUACCGUCGCGCGGGUGUGUCUGGUUUCUCACAUUUCUGGGCAUGGUGCUGGUGUAAAUCACCAAAAUAAUGGCCCCGAUCCAGAUCGAAGCGCCACAAAGAGCGACAAAGAAAACCCGCCCAAAGGACGGAGGCCAAAGAGUUUUCGCAUGUUGUUCAAGGCUUGGCCUGGAGCACUAUCCAAGCGCCUGACGGGUUUACCGUCGCGCGGGUGUGUCUGGUUUCUCACAUUUCUGAGCAUGAUAAUGGCGCAGCUCACCAAAAUAAUCCUGACCCAGAUCGAAGCACCACAAAGGGCCACAAAGAAAACCCGCCCAAAGGCUUGAGGUCAAAGAAAUGGCGCGCGCUGUUCAGAACUUGCCCCGGAGCACGAUCCAAACGCCUGACGGGUUUACCGUCGCGCGGGUGUGUCUGGUUUCUCACAUUUCUGAGCAUGAUGAUGCACAAGCAGGGAGAAGAUGAAUGGGCGCAAGCGUUGGGCGAUGCUGAAAACAAUACGAGAACACGAGCAAGGCGGGCGCCUGCGAAACUUCACUAGCAAGCGAGCGUAAACUGCUGACACAUGAGCAAGCGGCAGCCUUGGGAAAGUUUCGGAGCGAUAUACCUGGCGCACAGCCUGCAAGGCAGGCGACUUUACUGCUAGGCCGGCGCGGACGAGGAAAGUCGCUCGCUGGCGAAGUUUUGCCAUUGUGGUGCAUUUCUGAGGGCAUUACUGUAGCGGGACUCGGCGCGACCGGUGCGGCCGCGAUUUUGUUGGGGCCGAUGGAUGGCGACAGCGGUCGGCCCGCCGCCUGAUAGGAAUGCGCCUCCCUGCAUAAAGAUGACCGGGCGCCUGAUCUUAUGAGCCUCGCGGAAACUGUCAAACAGUCACGGGCUACAGACUCGCACCUUCGGAAAUUGCGCUGCGUCAUCAUUGAUGAAGCCUCCACGGCUAAGCGCGAAUGGCUUGGCGUGGUUUCGCGUGAGCUGUGCCGGGUUCGUCAUUGUGAUGCUCCGCUUGGAGGGGUUCCCACGCUGGUCAUAGGAUGCCCAAGACAGCAGCGGCCGGUCUUGUAUACGCGUGCUUGGGCUGGCAGUUGUCUAACACCGUCCGCGGCGGAUAUAUGGCGCGAAAGCAUAUGGGGCGCGCAUUGUAUGCGCGACGCGCAUCGUGUCGAGCUAGCAGCAUUGCACCGGCGUAAUGCGUGAGCUUUCAGCGCUUUUGCGGAUAUGGCCGCUGCGGUAGCAGAUGGAGUAGACACUGACGACCUGGAGCUGGCACCCUUCCAACGGAUGGCGGGCGAUGAUGUGACUGAACAAGUGGCGACUGAUCUGGGUAGUGUCGUUGUUGCAGGUGCCCACAGACUCGCCCAUGAUUGGAACAGCAAAGCGGCCCGCUUGGUGUUAAAAAAAGCGCCGAAAGAAGAGCGACACACGCUACGAGCUUGGGGGGCGCGCGCGUGCGGCGUACCCCAGCGAGGAGACGCGGCGUUUCGGCUAACGGAUAGCGCGUGGAAGUAUGUCCCCCUUGGUUGUCUCAAGGUUGGCACGCAGAGGCAUGCGGCUAGCGUUCUGCCGUCGAUGGGGUCGCGCGCCGAAGCGCACUCGUGUGAUAUUUGACCACGCUGGUGCGUCUUAUUUGCGCCUGCAAUACGUUACGCCUCCGCCUGCUGGCGCUUCGGAUGCGGUAGAGAUCGCGCCGGGCACGCUUGCGCGAUGUUUAUUCGUGCCGCGCACUGAGUGGCGACUUCGGGACUCGUUGGGAGCGCCCCGCCAUUUCUUUCAAUUUCCCCUUGGGUAUGGGUAUGCGUGUGCAAGUCAAAUUAUCCAGGGUUCGACCAUAUUGGGCAGCGCCUUACUCUGGGACGUGGCGGGAGGCUGGCGGGAGGACGUGGCCCAUGGGUCCACCUACGUCAUUGCCGGAAGAGUCGAAGGCGCGGGCAGUCUAAUAAUCUGCGGCCACGACCGUGCGCGCGCAUCAUGUCCAAACGUGGUCGAUCGUUCCCUCAUCGCGGGCAGCAAGUGUCUGGGUGGAAGCAAUAGCUGCAACAAUACCGCGGACACCGCAAGAAGUGACUCGGGGGAAUCAUUCUGAGCGUGGUGGCGUAGAUGAUGGGGGCAGCGAACCUGGUGAAGACCAUGAGACAGGGGACGAGAUGGGGCCAGACAGUUCCACGGGGUGCGGCAAUGAGGGCAGCGGCGGCGCUGUGGAUGGCGUGCGGGUUACUCGUAAGGGGGGGGGGGCGCUCGCUUAUUUGUAGGCGCCUUUGGCGGCGACAUCGGUGAAGGGGGUAGCGGUGGCGAUGGAAUUGAAACAGAAGAGGACGGGCUUCAGAGUGGUGGCACGUGAAUCGCGGCAGGCGGAACUUUUAACGGGGGACGCGCUAACUGUCGCACCGGCCCACGGUCGGGGGUGGUGAAUGUGUGCCAAAGUUGUCAGGGGAUGGCGCUGCUUCUUGUGCGUGGCUUUAUCGCUUCUGCGCGCAGGGCUUGGCGUGCAUGCUGUGCAUGGGCGCUGCGCGUUUCGGGGGUGCUUGAUGUUCCUUCUGUAUUAGGCGCGCAACCGUAUAAGACCCAGCAAGUGUGAAAAGAUGGCAAGGGAAUAGCCCUACAACUUAGCGGCAAGAGCGAGCGUGCCGGCGGGCCGAAGCGUUUAACGGGAUGGCCACACUGCUAGCGAAUACACGCAAGAAGCGGCCCGCGGGUCUCUUCACUGGGGACCUCUGCUGGCAGGUGCGUGCGUGUCCUUUUGGUGUGGUGCUGUCGUUGCUGUGGCGUGGCGCACUCUAAUGACUUUCGUGGUCGCAUUUUCGUCGGCUCGCCUCUAUCGGUGUACUUUUGUGAUUGGGGGAACACACAUCGGCGCCGUUCGUCCUUGGAUGUUGUCUACCGCGUGAAGCCUUUUGCCUUUUAUCUGAAAGGGGGCAGCCCUCUUAGGUAAAACGGUUGCAGGGAUGAGAUGGCAUCCUGCCCCACCCGAUCGGAGGGCUUGCAUCAUCAUCAUCAUCAUCAGAAACAAAACACACCAAAAAAAGGGAGAGGGCUGCGCCGUAGUUGGCUUGGGCUGUUAAUCUUGUCCACCAUCUGCGCCGCCCGUUCGGAAGGAAGGGGGCAUCCCACUCCGCGCACCUUUUGGGGCUGGCUGUUCGUAUUUUCUUGCCGUUUGUUGUUCUUUGUGUUCGUGCUACGUCUUUUCUGUGGUUGGCCUCAGCCGUGGCCUUUGUUGUUGUUUCCAUGCUUGGCGCCCGUUGCGUCUCCCUUGGUGUUUGUCUCAAUUUUGUUGCGCGGCGUUUGUUGUUGUUAUCGUCGUGGUGUUUGUUGUCGUCUCGUGUCUGUGCUGUUUGCUGUUGUUGCUGUGUCCUUUGUCGCUAUUCUCUUGCGGUGUCGUUUGCUGUCCUUUCCGCGGCGUUUGUUGUUGUUAGUUUAUGCUUCGCCGUGUGUCGCUUUUUGUUGUGUUCGUGCUGUUUGCUAUUAGUCUGAGCCUGCUGUUGUUCUUCUUGUGUCGUUUGGUGUUGUUCUUCUUGUGUCGUUUGCUUGUGUUGUUUUCGUGGCGUUUGUGGUUGCUCCCUUGCCCUUUGUUGUUAUUUCUGGAGCGUUUGUUGCUCCCUUCGUCUGACUGUGGCGCUUGUUGUUCUGUCUUUUCGUGGUGUUUGUUGUCCUGGCUGUGUCGUUCGUUGUUAUUUCCGUCCGGGUUGUUGUCAUUUUUUCGCCGUUUGUUGUUGUUUCUGAGCCGCUCGCCGUUCUCCUUGUGGCUUUUGCUGUUAUUCUCGUGGCGUGUGUUGUUGUUUUUGUGGUGUUUGUUGUUGUUCUUGUGCCAUUGGUUUACUUGCUUUUUUGCGUGCUCUGGUUUGCGUGUCGCUGGUUUUUGUCUUGUGUUCGUGCCAUUUGCUACGAGCCUGGGCCCUUUGUUGUCUUUUUCGUGCCGUUUGGUGUUGUUUUCGUGGCGUUUGUGGUUGCUCUCUUGCCGUUUGUUGUUCUCUCUAGGUGAUUCACUGUCCUUCUCCUCUGUGGUGAGUUUGUUUGCUGUUAGUUCUAUCCUUUCGCGCUGUUUGUUGUCCUUGUUCUUGUUGUGUCGCUCGUUGUUGUUUUCGUGGCGUUUAUUGUCAUUCUUUUGCCGUUGCCUGCCAGAUUGGCUCACGGGGCAAGUGCUUGCACUCCGCUCCGGGGGGUCUCUGGUUCGAAUCUUGGAGGGGACUCGACUGGCAGGGAGGCGGCCGCCAGGCUGGUUGCCGCCCCACACCCAGGGGAGAGACAAACGGGGACCGCGCUGGGCCAGACAGUGCGGGGAGAUGAGAUCCAAGGGGAGCACUCUGAGCAGCUGACGGCACCGCGCCCACGCGGUCCAUCGUGUGGCUCACAACCCUGGCCACAACUGGACGGCGCCAGCCCAUCUGAUGAGCAGCCGGGCUGGGUGAUGCAUAACCACAAGGGGCGCCACCUGGGCAAGGCCUCAGGGCCAGGGGCUGGCUGCGUGGUGUCCAGAGGGGAACCCUCUGCACCUGAAGCGCCAGCAGGUCGCGGCCAGGCGACCGCCCUCCCCAGGUCGGGGAGGUUCCUCUCUCUCUCUCUCUCUCUGGGCCGCUCGCUGUUCUCCUUGUGGCGUUUGUUGUUGUUUUGGUAGUGUGUUUCGUUGUUGUUGUGGUGUUUGUUGGUAUGUGUCCUUGCGCCGUUGGUGUGUUUUGCUUUGCUUCGUUUCUUUGCUUCGCUUUUUUGUGUUGUGCUUUGUUUUUUUUUGUGCUGUGCUUUGCUUUUUUUUUUGUGCUGUGCUUUGCUUUUUUUUGUGCUGUGCUUUGCUUUUUUUUGUGCUGUGCUUUGCUUUUUUUUUGUGCUGUGCUAGCUUUUCUUUUUUUUGUGCUGUGCUUUGCUUUUUUUUCGUGCUGUGCUCUUUUUUUUUUCGUGCUGUGCUGUGCUUUUUUUUGUGUUGUGCUUUUCUUUUUUUUUUGUGCUGUGCUUUGCUCUCUUUUUGUGCUGUGCUUUGCUCUCUUUUUGUGCCGUGCUUUGCUUUCUUUUCGUGUUGUGCUUUGCUUUUUUUUCGUGCUCGCUGUGCUUUGCUUUUUUUUCGUGUUGUGUUGUGCUUUGCUUUUUUUUCGUGCUGUGCUUUGCUUUUUUUUCGUGCUGUGCUUUGCUUUUUUUUCGUGCUGUGCUUUGCUUUUUUUUCGUGCUGUGCUUUGCUUUUUUUUGUGUUGUGCUUUGCUUUUUUUUUUGUGUUGUGCUUUGCUUUUCGUUUGUGUUGUGCUUUGCUUUUUUUUGUGCUGUGCUGCAGUUUUUUUUCUAGCCCGAAGCGUUUAGCUUAGAUGUGUGUGCACUAGCUGCGGGAUUAUUGUGACUAGCCUCAGCCUCUCUGUGACCAUUUUCAAACUUUCUGCGACGGGCUUCAAACGUAUUGCGGCUAGUUUCACUGUGGCUAGCCCUCCUCGCGCCCACUGUGACCGGCUUCAGGCUUGCUAUGGAUGGCGUCUGGCUGAGUGCGCGGGGUGUUCGGGUCUUCACAUCGAUAGGGGCUGGCGCUUGUGUAUUUUUCUGAUGGCGUUAAGAUUCGAACAGCCUGACAAACCCAGCCAGAGACUAGGCCCGGCAAGUCUGGGGCUAGCCGCAGUGAGCGCGAGGCCUGUCGCAGUAAGUUUGAGGCUAGUCACAGUAAGGCUGAGACCAGUCGCAGCAAGUUUGGCCUUGAGGCUAGUCGCAGUGAGUCUGAGGCCACUCGCAGCGAGUCUCUGAGGUUGGCUGCAGUGGUUCUGAGACUAGUCGCCGCAGUUUUGAGACUAGUCGCAGCAGUUUUGAGGCUAGUGGCAGUAAGUUUGAAACUAGUCGCGGCAAGUUUGAAGCUGGUCGCGGUAGGUUUGAGGCUGGUCACAGCAAGGGCAAGCGCCACAGCCCCCAAAGCUCGGGCGCAACUCGUCACAGCUUCCACGGCUUAGGAGUAAUAGGGCUGGGCCUUUUCGUAGGUGUUUGGCUUUUCUGUUUCCAGUCGUCGACCUCGCAGCUGUAGGGGGUAGGGAUGCUUGCUCGCAGUCUGCAGCACCGACUUGAGACAUGUCGGCGCUUGCUUGGGUGAGGUGUCUAAGCUAAGGAUCAAGGCCCCCGGGCGGAAUGCCUUGCGAGAACGGACGCGGGGGGCGCGGCGGACUCGUUGCCCAGCUUUUUCGAGCCUGGCCCUGGCCGUCUUCGAAUCGUCUGUGAGAAAAUCCGCGGGGCCACUGGCUUGCUGGGUUUCUCCAUAAGGGGGCGCGCGCUUUUUUGGCUAGUCGGAUUAGGUUCAGCACCAAGGAGGACACGCGGGACAACGGGCGGCACGAAUUGCAGCGGCAUUGAUUGGCGAAUGACUUCCUGACCCGCAUGGGGCCACGUACAUGUCUGCCGGCGCGUGGAUUCCGAUGCAAUGAGGGGCCGCGCCUGCAGCUAUCGGCAUUCGCAAAACAAUUGAAGGACGACGAGGACCCGACAGGAAGGGCCUCGGGCUGAUUAGACCACGACCAGCGAGCCGCCGCAGAGAUGUCGACAAAGCACAAGGCAGGACAGGGCAGCGCCAGCCCCCUCAGUGGUGAGGUGCAAGCAGCAAGUGGGCAGGGGACGAGCGGCGGAGAAUUCAAGUGGGACGACGUCGCUUGCUAUCGGUAUGCGUGAGCAGAAGCGAAGUGGAAUGACGGACAUGCCGACGGUCGUGGACGUCGCCCCGCGUGCCCCCACGUGGCCGGGUAGAGCGAGACUGCGCCUGAUUUCGUGCGAUCUCUUGGCCGACUGGCGGCCGCGUGACAGUGUUGGUAGCGGUGAUCACAUUCGCCCACCCAGCUGGCCCGCCGCAAGUUCUUGAGCUGUGCGGGGCUACGCAUUGGGGACCCCCUGGCGGACAUCGGGGCGCGCUUCUGGGCUACGCUUGAGCUGGUCGGCGUGGGUGUCUUUGUGAGAGGCUACGACGCGCUUCGGCUGCGGUAUACCUAUGAGAAAGAUGGCGUGAAGUACGCAGGAGAGAGACAGGGAGAAAGCAGAGGGGCCCCGUUAGUUUGGGCUUUCGGGAGACUGCUCUGCGGGUGGUUUGUGGUUUGGGGUCGUUGCUCAAGCUCCGGCAGCUCCUCGAAGGUCUUAGAUCGCAAGAGGCAGCCGUAGGGCGGUCUGAUGGCAUUGGCCCAAGUGGUUCGGAAGGAGAUCGGGGGCCAGUUGGCUCAGGUUGGGCCCCUGUCUUGAUUCAAAUAGCCAGCGCGCCCUCUCCUUUAAGGAAUCCCGCGGGGGUCAUGCAAGUUCGGCCAAAUUUGUACGACCUCCCCGGAGAAUUUGGGAAGAGGAGCCUCACGACGUUCCUAGCCUUGCGCGGGGCUCUGUCUUUCGGGUUAGUCGCUGGCCAUUCGUUCCUUCCUCUCUUUUUUCUUUUUCACUUCUUAGCCAUUUGGAAAAUAGUAAGGAAGCAAAGCGUGGCGGGCUCUUCUUCCUUGUCAUUCUGAGCCAUUUUGGCUCAGGAUUCGAGUCUACUGCAGCAGGAUUUGAAGGCGCGCUAGGGCUGUUUGCAUUGGUGAUGAGAAUCGGAAAACGGUAGAACAACUUGAGGCAUCUCAAAAGGGCCCCAAAUAUUCCCCGCUAUUGAGACUGUGCUGUGUUCGCUUUCGUGUUCAUUGUAUGAGGGUAGAGUAGUGGUAGGCUUCUUGCUUGGGGUUGGGGAGCUGCUGCAAUCUUCUCUCAUGUGUGCGGACUUAUGACGGGACUGAGGCCAUUUCUUGAAGGACAUGGGCGGCACUGCCUUGAUGAAGCACUUGUCAGCCCUUUCAAGGCAGUGGCCUCGCUCUGGCUCCGGGAAAUCAGUGCAACCUUUUUCAUUUGAAAGGGGACAGGCGAAGCUCCCGGAACGUGUGUAUUUCUGUUCGGCGAAGUGAAAGGCAAAGGAUAGGCAAGGACUGCGUAGGCGUUCGCCGUGCCUGACUGGGGCGAUAACUUUUGCUGGCAUCGGUUUCGUCUAUCAAUAUCGAACCGAGGGCGCCGCGCAUCUUACACGCAAGCGCGUGUAUAUCGAACCGACCUCCACUCCAUCAGCCUCGUCAUCACUCUGAAUUUCUAUCGAUUUCGCUCUCGCUUUCGUUCGAGAAUUUCUUUUGAAAAAACCAAGCGUGACUAAAUUAAUAGAAGCGCUACCUUUGGAGUAACAUCAUGCCAAGAGCGAACGUAGAAAAGUGGUUCUUUAGCCAAAAAACGCACAUAAAGCCUAGGGAUCAGUUGGGCAGGAUCCGCCCCACAAUGAAAAACUUCCACUCUGAGACGAAUAACGUACAAAAAACGGAAAAAAAGCGCUUUUUUGUACAUUAUGUGGCUCAGAGUGAAAAUUUUCCAUCUUCAGACGAAUGCUGCCCAACUGAUCCCUGGGCCUUAUGUGCGGUCUUUGGCUAAAGAACCACUUUCCCAUGUUCGCUUUUGGCAUAGUGUUACUCCAUAGGAAGCGCGGCCUUUUUUAAUAUUAAGGACUGGGGGCCCCUCGGUAAAUAAAAACAGGGACAAGACAAUCCGCGCAAACUUGGCCACUUCCACUCCUCUCGUUGUUCACAGACUCCAAGACACCGCAUCCGAAUCUGACUACACAACGAACCGCGCUAGCACUUUGCUUACGAAUAGCACUAGGGCUUGCGUGCUAGAUUUCGAGGCCCACAAAGGCCCCGCCUCGUUCAUCAAAUUGACUCACCACCGCGGCGGUUUUUCCAAAUAUCGCGCCGGUGUCUUUGCUCUAAACUGCGUCGAUUGGACUCAUGUGGCGGACAUCAUCGACGGAAGGCUUCAGCCCUCUAGCUACAGCGUCGACGAAGCACUUGGAGAAAUCUUGUAAGAUCUUAGCCCCCAGCUAGCACGCCGCCACAGGUGGGGCAGUUUCGUCGUGUCAUCUUUGUCCACUUAUGACCCAGAACGCCUCAGCGCUAGCGCUGCCUUUCAAUACCUAGCCAAAAUCCGCGCCGACGGCUUUUCCAGCGUUUUCCCUCAGAGGAGCGGCACAAGCUGGCCACCGCUUUAGCGUCGCAGCACGGCCGUGCCGCUUAUGGGGGCGGCCUCGCUCCUCUCAUGUCCAUCACAGCUUUGCGCAGUUUGUCCUCGACUCCUUAGGGGCUAGUUUAUACUGCUCAGCGCGAACCGUUCGACGGGUCUGCAGUCGAGAUUUGCUCCGGUGCUGGUGCUUUCGCUUUCCAUACAUAUACCAGGAAGCACCUACCUCGAGAGGGGCGUAGCCAGUGGUUACUUCGUGACCCCAGCAAAGAGCUCAGCCUUCUCUUAUCGCGAUUCACACAACAGGCCCGCCACCUGGAGAAGGGCGACAGCAACUGCGCUUCAGCUUUUGGGCAUCUUUCAAAUCUUCAUUGGCGUCGGCACUUCUUUGCUACACGGAGAAGAAAAAAAACGUCGAGCGCCAUCUUCUCUUGGGUCGGCAGCAUUGCUGCUGCCCAAGGAGAUGGCGCGCGCGGGGUUUUCUUGUCAUGGUCGCGCUUUCGCUCCCUCCAAAGCCAAUGGCAGCGACUACUUCCGUACCCCGUGCCCAGAGGGCCCCAGCUUUGAAGGAAGAAGACGCCUCGGCGCUUUUGACUGAUCAACUCCGCAAAAAAAAGGAGUGUGUGGCGGAAGGCUGUCUUCUCCUCUAAAUACAAACCGAAACUGCUGGGCGAGUGGUUUCGCGAGACGAGGCCAUCCAAACUCCAAGGAAAUCCCCAGCAACAAGAUCGGCGACACCUCGGGCAGCGUCUCGCCGUUCGGUGCUCUUGCGCGUCGCCAGGGUUCCCCGGAUGAAGUCAAGAGACUUAGCUAACGCACUAACCCAGCUGACCUGGAGGAGGCGGUGGAGCUGGGGCGCUUUUAGGCGGGCUGCGUCGUGACUAACCGCCGACGCCAGCCGCAGCUCUUGCGCUUGAUCUCGUCGCGGUGAGUCUUCCCGCAAUAGAGUGGCAAGGGCCGGACUUUCAGAAGGCGAGGCGACUCGAAAGGCGCGCCGGAAAGUAGUAGGCGCAGCAGCCUCCCACCCCGUCGCCGUCUUUGUGUCGGCUUUUCCGUAUUAUGGAGCCGCGGCCGCCACCUUAUCGGCCUCUGCGCCGUGGCUGGCGUUUCGUCAGUCUGUCGCUUUCUUUCAGUACUAGCGCACGCGCGUCACGAUAUGCUAACGCACGCUCACACCACAGGAGGCGUUCACCCCUAAAAAAACUACAGCAGUCGCAAUCGCCUUCAGAUUGUCGCCGCAUACAUCUCGGGGGGCCUCCAGCGCAAGGAGAGAACACCAGCAGCCCACGCUUUCCGAUUAUCCUCCGCCCCGCUUAUGUUGUCGCCAAUGAAACCAAGCAGAGCAGCCGUCCCAUGCAGUGGAAUUCUCGCAGCAAAUACUUACCGGGCUUGGUUUCUGUGGAAGGGUGCUAGCCUCGCGCAGGCAUCGAGGCAGCCCGCGCGGCUUUGCCUGAUGCUGAUGGUAAAGGCUUAGCUUCCCGCGAUGCUGAGGCAGGUGAAGUGCCUCUGGUCGUCCACUCUAUUCUGGGACAAUGGGUCCGCAGCUUGGGCGCUGAUCUCACCACCACAAAAGCCCAGCCAUCUCGUGGGCCAUGGGCUCAGCGCAUCAGUGAAGACGAAGCGCUGACUCGUGCGCCGUCUUCCAGUGAAGGAGUCGCACCAGGCGGCCGCAAGUAGACCAGCGCGCACACCCGGGAAGAACCAAGAGGGCAAACCGGUAGGACGCAGGGAAGAGGCUGGCUUGCCAUGUCGUUUCCAGUAAGCCAACGGCAGUGACCAUCGCGAGCCAUCGAGAGAGUUUUGGCCAUGGUGCUGACGCGUGAGCAAUUGAACACGCUACUGCCUCAGAAGCUAUUUGCGCAAACGUCUGCGUGACUACAUCAGGCCACUAGCUGUCCCGCGCUGCAUGCUUUUCGCCGAAGCUAUCGGAAAUCUCCGGGGAACUCUCUGCGUGUCGCGUCUCUCUUUUCUAUAUGAGUAACCCUUCUAAGUGGGUCUAUAGGUAAGGAGCGAAUACAUCAGCAGCAAAACAUGCACGCGCCAGGGCCAGCCUGUCCAUAUUCGCUCCCACAUCUCAGAGCAUGUUGAUUCGAGGCGGAGGCAUCUUGCUGGGUGUCGUCGUUGGUGUAGAAGUAGUGUCCUCAUCUACAUACACAGUCGAGGCGUCGAAAGCUCUUGGGGAAAUCCGUAAGCCCUAAGAAGGGCCCAGCCCAUCAGCAGCCGACCACCCAGGCAACACCUGUUUUGCGACUACACCGAACAAGAAGGGCGGGGCAAGUGGUGGACCGAAAAUGGGGACGAGAAGAACGGCGGCUACGCUUCUAGCCCUUCGGGCCCACAUCCCAGCGGCGAACGCCAUAACAAUCAUAGGCAUCGUCAAGGGCUUGACUCUGGAGUAGUAGAUGGCAUUACUUAAAAAGUUAGUGAGUGUCGAGAGGUCAAAAUGGUCGGCGGCGGCGUGGUUCCGGUCGCUGGGCCAGCGCCCGCUCUCACGCAGUUUGAGUGCGUCGCAUGUGGUAAGCAGCGUGCCACUGCCAAGGAGUGCGUCGUCUGUGGCGUAGUAAAAGCGGGCGGCAACCGUUGCCGGAGAGGCAUCUGCGAAGACUGCAAGAAGAGUGCUGGGGGUAUCGCGUACUGCGCAACGUGUUUCGCCUUGUCUCCCUCGAAAAACUUGCGAAGGCCCUCUGCCUGAUGUGCUUCAACCAAAAGCAAUCCGAGCGCAUGGGGAAAGCUGGGCGACCUCUUGCAGCUGCUUGCGGUGGCGUCACGAUGGGCCCAGCGAUCACUUCGGAGCGCCCUUGCAGUUUCGCCGAGUGUCCUGCGGCGUCCGUCAGAUCAAGAGCGCCACUCACAAUGCGUGCACAAUCUUGAAGCGCCCACCGAUGCAGGACCAGGGCAGAGCCUCGGCCCUUUCCGCUAACGUGCCUAGUAGUCUCUUCGUAUUAGUUGCGAACAAACUCGAGCCAAAAGCUUUUUACUUCAGCCGCCAUCUCUUACCUUUAUCGGCCAAAUCUUAAUCCAGCAGGGCACGAUAAUGACGCGCGUGGGCUUCGGCGUUAGUGGUGGCCAAACCAUGCAGAAAGCUGCAAAGCGGUCGCAGCUAAAAGGCAGCGAUCGCAUGAAGUGGAGCAGGGCCUUUCUGCUAUCCCAGGGGGGCAGUCUCCUGCACUGUAGUAGCCGGCUCGUGCUCGCCUGUGUCAUCGCUAUGCAUGCUCGCAGGCGAGCCAGUUGCCACCGUUGCCAGCUAGGCCUCGCUCUUCGUCUCUUUUGGAAAACCAUGAGAACGAAGGCCGGCGCAAGGUCAGGGGCCUCGCCUCCAUCGGGGGGGGGCGUGGGCCUUCUUACUCGCAGGCUUUGCUUUCGUUGUGAAUCGUGGCCCGCUUACUUACAGCGAUGCAAGGCGACGCUGGGAGUACUGGCGCGCCAAAACAGUAGCAGGCCUGCACGCGUUUUCGCCUCAAGUUGCAACGUUCUAUCUCUGGUGGCGUGUUUAGCCGAGGAAGCCCCCUGGUGGCGCAGGGCGUUCGCCUGUGAUCCAGCCAGUCUUUUCUUGAAAACUGCUGCAGGGGCUCUCUCUGGCGUGGAGAAGUCUUGACAUUUGGGCAGCAGUUCCUGCGCCCAAUUCCGUGCGAUGCGGUGACUGACAGACUGCCAUCCAAACCACGGCGACGCCGCAGCUUGUAGGGGUAUUGGCUCGGGCGGAACUGUCAGUGGACUGAGGUGCCACGGUUUUCCUUGGAUGAAUGGGCCGAGUGCUCUAUCAACGCAAGAGGGGCGGCCGCUCCGGUCUUUCUCCUCCCGGCCUUUCGUGAAGCGGUGCACCUUUUCACGGGCAGGCCCGUGGCGUAUUAUACAGAUAACCUCGCCGCCAAAAAGCAUGCAGCUAAGGCGCGCACUCAUCUGAAGAAGUGGCCAGAGCGUCGCGCCCCAUGUGGUCGCUCGUGGUUGGCAACUGCUUUGGGCUAGUUGCUUGCGGGGGAGGUCUUUGACAGUGAAAACCCAUCCGUUGCCGCGCUUUCCAGACUCGGCGACGCUGCUCACGCAAUGUGUGACGGCCGUGCCAUCUUGAAAGUCCUCUGUCGGUCUGCGCUUGGAACAUUAUUGCCUUGAAACAUCUGGGCUUGGCUCCCGCUUCGCGUUGCUGGUUUUGCGGUAUCAUUUCACGCCCCAGCAUUCUUUCUCCUUGCUUUCCAGAACGCGGAGCAUCCAUUCCACGCGCAACUAGUGCUGGCGGCUCUCGCCUGCUUGCUUCGUUGGCUUAGUUAACUAUCUGGCCCUGAAGAUGGGGCUUGUAGAUAAACUGGCGACCGGCGUUCUGGUAGCGAACCGCCCACGCUUCGCCGUUCUAGCGCCUCUUCUCAGCGGUCAGCGCCUCCCGCUUUGUGGGCAGUUUCUCAAGCUCAACACAUUCAAACGGGGGAUAGAAGUUGCUUCGUGAAGGCGCUGAAAAGCACGAAAUUGGCACUGGGUGUGGCGCUUUCUCUUCGGUACCACAAUCACACACUCACAACAUUUGGCGCGUGCCUUUCUCUCUUCCUCUUUCUUUCCUCCCGCCGGUGGAGCUCCCGUUGCGCAGCGCGCGCUCCAUUCAAAGUCACAGUCACAGAGCACUUUGCUGACAAAGUCACGCGCGGCGACAUCGCCUUGGCGCAGGCAGAUGCCAUCGCCCACGGCUGCUUCUGCAUUCCCGUCGCGCCAAAGAAAAGGGGUCGCGGCUAGCGUUUUCCGUGCCCAUGCAUAUUUGUUCAGGUGCCGUUUACUGCCUAGCGCAAAGCCGUUCGGUAGUUUUGGGCAUGUGGGUAACGUUAUGCGCGUGGGCGUAUUUGGUGCACUUUCCUGGCCCUCCGAGACCUCACCCUGACAGGCCUCAUUUCAUAGCCACAGACUCCUUCCACGCGCUUGCUUUAUUUCACACCAAGUCGAUGGACCAGAUUCCAUUACAUAAAUACUUCAUGAUCUGGCGACUCGUGCGUUGCUAUUCCUCUUGAAGUUGGCGCUGGCUCCUGUGGAGACAAGGUCGGCGACUGUGCAAAGACUUUGGACAAGUUUGCUUUGAGGUGCAGAUCCAUGUCAUCAGCGUAAAGCCCUACCAAGCACCGUCGAAGCGCUGGCGCUUUAUGUUGCCUAGUUUGCCUCUGUCGCAUUUCGAUAAGCAUUGACACCCUAUGCCUUUUCAUGCGAGCUUGAGCCUUGGCAGGCUAGUCUUUUGUGCAGAUCUAGCCUACCAGCAAAAUAGGUUAUCGCCUCUUCAUUGGCAGCGCCUGAGUUGUCGUCUCAAUUGGCACUGGAAAGGGUGCAUUUGCAAGGCUAACGGGGUUGUGAAAAUGGCUGCGUCGAAAGUUUCAGCAGCUGCGUCGAAAGUUUCAGCAGCUGCGUCGAAAUUUUCAGCUGCUUUGAUGUCUUGGAAAGACGAGAAGACAGAUGCUGCGGCCGCUGCGGGGGAGCAGAAAGAGGUAGGGGCCUGA